AAUUACUCGAUUUAGAGAGAAAGAACGUGGACGGACGGACGGCGGGAGACCGUAGGCCUGAAAUUGAGUCUCCUCUCCGGUUAGAUUCUUUUCUUUCUCUCUCUUUUUGCAGCGAUCUUAAUCGCAACGAUGCCUGCUCGAAGGAGGACGCUCUUGAAGGUCAUAAUUUUGGGCGAUAGCGGGGUUGGGAAGACGUCAUUGAUGAAUCAAUAUGUUAAUAAGAAGUUCAGCCAUCAGUACAAAGCAACAAUUGGAGCUGAUUUCUUGACAAAAGAGGUUCAAUUCGAUGACAAACUCUUUACUCUGCAGAUCUGGGACACAGCAGGUCAAGAGAGAUUUCAAAGCCUUGGUGUUGCAUUUUACCGUGGAGCUGAUUGUUGUGUUCUUGUUUACGACGUUAAUGUCAUGAAAUCAUUUGACAAUCUCAACAAUUGGAGAGAAGAGUUCCUUAUUCAAGCAAGCCCUUCAGAUCCUGAAAACUUCCCGUUUGUUGUUAUAGGGAACAAAAUAGAUAUCGAUGGUGGAAACAGUAGAGUGGUUUCUGAGAAGAAGGUUAAAGCUUGGUGUGCCUCGAAAGGUAGUAUUCCAUACUUUGAAACCUCAGCCAAAGAGGGUAUCAAUGUGGAAGAAGCUUUUCAGGUCAUAUCAAGGAACGCUCUAAAGAGUGGUGAAGACGAGGAAAUAUAUAUGCCGGAGACAAUCGAUGUUGCAAGCAGCAGUCAGCAAAGGGCAGCAUCGAAUGGGUGCGAGUGUUGAAUGGGUGAGAAAUGAGAAUACAUUGACGAUAUUCUUUAUCGCUUUAUUUUUUUAGUAAACACAAACGCGAGCUAUAUGGAUCACUCAACUAGAUUUUUUUAUUUUAUCUUGAAGUUGUUCAAAUUGUUCUACUUUCUUGUAAGGAGUUGUUAUUAAGAUGUGGUCAUUGAACAGGUUUGUAAUGGAGUAGUU